AUGAAAGGGAAUUUUUGUCCAGUCUUUCACCCCACAAAGGAAGAUAUGAAUGAUUUCCAAGCUUAUAUAGAAAAAGUUGAAGGGCUGUCUGAAGGUUUCGGAAUGGCAAAAAUAAUACCUCCUGAAGGCUGGAAGGCCAGAAAAAGAGGGUACAAAGAUAUACAAGUCCAACUAACGAACCCUAUCAGCCAGCAUGUUCAAGGCUAUGCAGGUAUUUAUAACGUGAUUCUCAUCACAGAAAAGCCGAUGGACUUAAAAACGUACCGUAAUUAUGCCACUUCGCGAGAAAUAAAAAAUAAACUUAACGACGAAGAAAUAGAAUCACUCGUAAUUUUUAUAUAGUUUUGGAAACAAAUCCGAUAUAAUUCUCCAAUAUAUGGCGCUGACAGUAACACAGAGACAUUAUUCGACGAAGAUAACGAAUGGAAUUUAUCCAAACUUGACACUACAUUAUCGUAAAUUAUAUAUAGAAAAGGAUUAUACCCUUAUAAGUUAGCUGGGAUUAAUAUGCCAUUUAUUUAUGUAGGCUGCUGGAAAAGCAUGUUUUGCUGGCACAAAGAAGACUUAGACCUUUAUUCUAUUAAUUAUCUGCAUUUUGGAAAGCCGAAAUUCUGGUAUUGUAUCCCAUUGUCUGAGUCUGAAAAAUUCGAGCGUUUCUGUAAAUUCCAUUUUCAUACUGAUUAUGCUGCGUGUCCAGAAUUCUUUACCUUUUUAUAAUGAAUUUGCAUUUUUUUAUGGUUAAUUAAUAGAAAAAUUUUCCUUUUAUUAUAAAUAGGUAUAAGGCAUAAAUCUACCCAGGUUUCUCCUAGUAUUCUGAGAAAAGCUGGGAUAAACGUCCAAAAGAUAGUGCAUAAUGCAGGGGAGUUUGUAGUAAUUUUUGCUGGGGCUUAUCAUAUGGGGUUUAACUCAGGUUUCAAUUGUGCUGAAGCAGUGAAUUUUGCGACACCGAAGUGGAUUGAUAUAGCUGAAAAAGUAUCAAGAUGCUGCUGCGACCCUGAGACUGUGAAAAUUGAUAUGGAGGAAUUUAAGGCAAAAUUGGAAGGAGAUACUCAAAGUAUGCCAAAGAAAAAGUCAGGACCAAGGAAAAAGCAAAAAGUUGCAGAAAAAUAA